CCGGUGGCGGAGAGGCAGUGCGGGCCGCCGCGCCGAGCCCGUCCCCGCGAGGCCGGCUCCCCGGGCGGCUCGGGUGACAGUGUCGCGGCCGCCGGGCACGCGCCGGGCAGAGCCGAGCGCCAGGCGCACGCCUCGGCAGAGACGCGGGGAAAAUGGCUGAUGACUUUGGCUUCUUCUCGUCGUCGGAGAGCGGGGCCCCCGAGGCGGCCGAGGAGGACCCGGCGGCCGCCUUCCUGGCCCAGCAGGAGAGCGAGAUCGCGGGCAUAGAGAAUGACGAGGGCUUCGGGGCUCCCGCCGGCGGCCAGGCGGCCCUCGCGCAGCCGGGACCAGCGAGCGGGGCUGGUUCUGAUGACCUGGGGACCACGAUCAAUGGAGAUGUGUUUCAGGAGGCUAACGGUCCAGCCGACAGCUACGCUGCGAUUGCCCAGGCUGACAGGCUGACACAGGAACCUGAGAGCAUCCGCAAAUGGAGGGAGGAGCAGAAGAAACGGCUGCAAGAGCUGGAUGCUGCCUCCAAGGUGAUGGAACAGGAGUGGCGGGAGAAGGCCAAGAAGGACCUGGAGGAGUGGAACCAGCGCCAGAGUGAACAAGUCGAGAAGAACAAGAUCAACAACCGUGGCUUCUAUAACUGUCAACCAGAACUUCCGAUGAAGGAACCACGAGUUUUCAUCCUAUCUUGAUUUCAGCCAAAAGCAAAGAUUCCAGUGGAGCAUCCCCAGCUGUGGCUCCAUGGAGAUAGUAGUCAUUCUGGGCUAAAAAGAGCUCUGUAGUCGAAUGUGCUUGGGAUGUGGUAGAUGCACUACCGUCACGUACUCCACCUGGAGGUUUGUGAAGCCCGUUAGCACAUUAAAAGGCUUGGAAAGUCUUGCUUUGAAAAUCCUCUUUAACUGAGUUUUCCAUACAUACUUGACCACAACCCUUUUCUGGCAAACACUUACAAGUGUCCAUGGAACACUGAGCAAUGCUAAACCUGGUACUUGAGUUAGUUAGGUGGUCAGUCACUGUCUUAUCUCUACUAAGUUUUUGGAAACACUGAAAAGAGCUGAGGUACUUGCAUUAGUGCCUCCAACGGCCUGUAGGGGUCAGAAGCCCCGGGGCGGGGAACGCUCAAUGGAGAGGUAAUGAGCAGAGAGUGCCUAGGCUGGGGCAGAGGAGUGGAGAAGGAGGCUACAUUAGCUAGGUGGCAAGGGCAGACCUUUCUGAGCACGUGAGGCCUGCACCCAGACCUGAGUGACAAGAAGCAACAAGCCAUGAGCAGGUCUGGAGGAAGAGCAUUCCAGGAAGAGGUCACAGCAAGUACAAAGGUCCUAGGGCACGACCAAACUAGGCUUCUGAGGCCAAAGCUGUUCCUGGGGGCCUGAGGUCAGAGGGCACAGGGCUGGGGAGAUGACCUCUGGACAAAGUACCCCAGAAUAGGUUGGGCAAAGCACUUGCUCAAUGGGGGCAGAGCACCAUUGAUUCAGGGGAAAGGCAGACAGCU